AUGAACGGAGGGGAAGAUGAGAAGGGGCUGAAGUUCAUCCAAGGACACCUUACCAAAGUAGCUUUCACAGUUGAAGCUGAGCCCAAAGUUCAGAGGAGGGAAACGGAAAUGGUAGUUGAGACUGCAGAGCACAGGAAGGACAAGCUUCAUAUGUACUCUGAUCUCAAGUGGAAGCAAUUGAAGGACCCGAAGGGCCAGCUCUACUACUGGAACACCAAGAGCAACAAGACCCAGUGGGAGAAGCCCAAGUGUGUCAAGUCUCACUGCGACUUCCACUAA